AUUUUCUGCAUUUUUGCAAUCCUAAGUCCUAACCCUCCACUGAGCAUCAUAUUCUGCUUCUUCAAAAAGCGCCCAGUUAUUAAUUUCAAACAAAGAAUUUCUCGGCGUUUCCGGUUCCUUACGGGAGGGCUGGGGAUGGGUUGUUCGGAGAACUCGCAGUUGAAAACAGUUCUUGGCGACGCUGGUUACGUGCUCGAAGAUGUUCCUCACCUCACCGAUUACAUUCCUGAUCUUCCCACUUAUCCUAAUCCAUUGCAAUUCAAUCCUGCUUACUCGGUGGUUAAGCAGUAUUUUGUUAAUUCAGAUGAUACCGUUACUCAGAAGAUUGUUGUUCACCAGAGUAGCCCAAGAGGGAUACACUUUCGGCGUGCAGGACCUCGCCAAAAGGUCUAUUUUGAGCCAGAUGAAGUGCAUGCGUGUAUCGUAACAUGUGGUGGUCUGUGCCCCGGGCUCAACACGGUGAUCAGGGAAAUUGUGUGUGGUCUUUAUCACAUGUACGGUGUCAAUAGGAUCCUCGGGAUAGAGGGAGGAUACAGGGGCUUCUAUGCCCGAAAUACCAUUACUUUAACACCAAAGGUUGUUAAUGAUAUCCAUAAACGUGGUGGUACCAUCAUUGGGACCUCACGAGGCGGCCAUGAUACCUCAAAGAUAGUUGACAGCAUUCAGGAUCGUGGAAUUAAUCAGGUUUAUAUAAUUGGAGGAGAUGGAACUCAAAAAGGAGCAGCUGUCAUAUACGAGGAAAUUAGACGACGUGGACUCAAAGUUGCAGUUGCUGGAAUUCCUAAAACGAUAGAUAACGACAUUCCGGUUAUUGACAGGUCCUUUGGUUUUGAUACUGCGGUUGAGGAAGCCCAACGUGCCAUCAAUGCAGCCCAUGUUGAAGCUGGAAGUAUUGAGAAUGGUGUUGGUGUUGUAAAAUUAAUGGGACGCUACUGUGGUUUCAUUGCUAUGCAUGCUACUCUUGCCAGCCGUGAUGUGGACUGUUGUUUAAUUCCUGAGUCUCCCUUCAAUCUUGAAGGAAAAGGUGGACUUUUUGAAUAUAUCGAAAAACAACUCAAAGAAAAUGGGCAUAUGGUUAUUGUGAUAGCUGAGGGAGCAGGACAGGAUCUUCUUUCAAAGUCUUUGCAAUCCAUGGACUUGAAAGAUGCUUCAGGGAACAAGAUACUACAAGAUGUAGGGCUAUGGAUAUCUCAGAGGAUCAAGGAUCAUUUCGCAAUGCAGAGUAAGAUGGUCCUUAAUCUUAAAUAUAUAGAUCCUACAUACAUGAUCCGGGCAGUUCCAGGCAAUGCUUCUGACAAUGUCUACUGCACGCUUCUUGCUCAAAGUGCAGUUCACGGAGCAAUGGCUGGGUAUACAGGCUUCACAGUUGGGCCUGUCAAUGGUAGACAUGCUUAUAUUCCUUUCUACCGUGUCACUGAGAAGCCGAAUCAGGUGGUGAUUACAGACAGGAUGUGGGCAAGACUCCUUGCUUCGACCAACCAGCCAAGCUUUAUGAACCCCAAAGAUGUGAGGGAAGUGAUGAAAGAGGAAGAGCCUCAGACCCAAUUGUUGAAUGGGGAGAAUUGUAACGGUGACAAGAUUUUGACUAAAGACAUUCCUAGUAUGUCAUAGAAGGAGAGCAUUACAAUCAGCAGCUGCUCUUAGUUGAUGCCUUCCCUCUAAUAUUGGUUUACAGGAAUUUGCUUUUGACUAUUUUGUCACGUUGAGAGGUCACUGGUGGUUAUUGUCUAUAACCAAAUUUUCAUUUCAA